AACGCAGCGUCGUCAACUUCUUCAACAAACCUGUCUAGCAAUCAAACUUCAGUGGAGCCUCCUUGUUUGGCAUGUUUUAAGUCUCCCUGGAAUUCCAAUCAAGGGAUAAUUUCUCGGGUCCCUGUCCGAUUCUCACUGCCUUUUUAGGCGAUCAGUUGCUCCCCCUCAGAUUGUUCAGUACCUCUGGUUCCCCUCCAUCUCCGUCCUUCAUCAUCCCCUGUCCUCCCAAAUUAUGGCUCCAGAAAUCAGCCCCGUCCCCAGCGCUCCUCAAUCUCGCCGUCGAGCUUCAACAGCAUCACACUCCAUCGUGGAAUCCUCUCCGUCCUCGUCACGACGGCCAUCGCAAGUGAUGGGGCCUCCGGCUCCCUCGCUCGGGGCUGAUGCCCAUACGGGAGGUCCGAUCCCCGGAGAACAAGGAAGCAUCCAAGUAGCAUCGGGUCCAUUGCGACAUCCCAAACCCCUAACACCAUCAGAUAUACAUUCAUUGGUGGAGCAUGAGCAAGAGGCGAUGGUGAAUCGCCUGUCCAGAGAACUGUCUCAGCUUCGCCAACAAACAGCGUCUGUCGCAUCGACGGCUUCUUCCGCAUCCGCUGCUCCAAAUGACCCCAUCGACACCCACCACACGUCGCCCUACUUGGGCACUCCCGCAACUCCGGCGUCCCGCCGACACCGCUCCUCGUCCAGCCUGAGCUCGUCGUACAUCCCCGCAGUUCAAGGGUCAAGGACAGGGAGCAUCUCGGGGAUCGCCCCGUCGCGGGAUACUGGUCUACCGUCACAGCGGCCCGGAGAGCACUCGCGAUCGGGUCGGAGCCGAGAGCCGUCCUUCACGUCACCCCGCCCGUUAGAAGGGGCGUCGGCAUCACUAUCCUCAUCGGGGCAGCAGAUGGAGUCUCUCCCUCACCAUGCAAGUGGGCCGCACGCGCCAUAUUCCCACCGCAGCUCGCUUUCCCAGCAACGAUCCCCCGCCGCGUCGAUUUCUCGUCACGAAGAGGUCGUGCAUCAGCGGGGAGAGUGGGAAUCUCUGAAGCGGGAUAACGACAUCCUACGGCGACGAGUGCGGGAACUAGAACAAACCCUCAAGAAUCUUCGAGAACAGGGACCGCACCCGAGAGAUCAACAAGCCGAUCCCAGCGAAAUACAAAAUGUAUCUAUUCCAGCAGCCAAUGUUGCAGAAUAAGAUAGGUACCUUGAGUCUACAUAUUGCUGGCGAGGAAGCAGGAUCUUUCACCAUAGCUUUCAUCUUUCACCUUUUCCCCUUUCCAUUAUUCUUUCUUUUUUAUUUCUCUUUUAUUUUUAUUGUGAUUUGAUCCAGGUUUCGGGCAGAUUGGAUUGGCUGGUGCCUUUUCCCUCGCUUUCGGUAGAAUCGUGACUGUCUAUUUUGGUGCCAAUGCAUAGGCUAUUUCUGGAAUUCAUUGGCAAUAGUCUUUCCACAUCCACAAUAGCCAAUCCUAUAUAUAACUUGUUAGCUGUCUAUCUCUCG